AUGGUGAAUACCGCCGCUCGCAUGCGUGUAGCCGAGGAGGAGCUGGCGGGAUGGGUACACGUUACAAAUCAGCUCUUGCUCGAUAAUAUGCAGAGCACCAUCACCGGUGUGGAGGAGCCGUCACACCGCGUUCUGAUACAGGAGGAGUACGCGGCUGAGCUUGCGGCUCUCCUGAACGCCCACAUCACGUUCGUCACCUCUUCGCUCAUCGCUGCAGCAGCGGAAGCCGAAGUGGCAUCAGCUUCAAAAGUUUCGGAGGAAGAAAGGCGUGAGAUGGGCCGACGCGUCGCGAAGGAGGAAGCCGUUGUGGAGCUCCAGAAACUCAGAGAGAGGAAAACCGCACUGGAGCGAGAGAUUGUGGCGCUCUGCGAGGAGAAGCAACGGGUGAAGGAGGCCAUAGAUGUUGCGCACGCUGAUGCUGAUGCGAUGCGUAGAAACGCGGCGCAUGAGCAGCAGUUGCUGGAGGCGGCGCUCCAUCAGCUGGGCCAGGAGAGGGAGAGACGGCGCACUGAGCAGAAGGAGGAGAUGGACGGUGCGCGAAGGCAACUCCUGCAGCUACGGGAGGAGCGUACAGUGGAGGAAGAACGGCUGCAGAGGGCUUGUCAGCGAUUGAAGCUACUUGCUGACGUUACUGCGCAGCAUCGCGUCGGUGAUAUAUUCGAGUUGCGUGCACACGAGGAACCAGAAGACCGCAUUCGUUGCCUCCUCGACGGUGUCGCUGCGUAUGCUGAGGGUGCGCAGCAGACCCAACGCGAACUGCAGGAAGAAGUGGCGGCGCUACAAGAGCAGAUAGCAGCCCACUCGCAGGCGGAUACUCAUAACGAUACGCCAACUCUAUACCGGCGCAUUGUACCCGCCCCGCCGGCUAACCCAGUCGCGACCACGCUGCUGAGCGUGCGCGACCAAGCGCGCGAGAUGCGACCAGUAACGGGAAACACGCCAUGUGGAAUCGUUCACACCCCGAUACUGCGGCAGCACAAGCACCAGCACCAGCAGCGACAGUGCCUUGGUGGUGUUAAUGCGGAACACACUGAAGGCACCGUGACGCCGUCACGGUCACCACCGUCUCUGCGGUGGCAAACGCCGCGGGCUUGCAUGGCGGAAGGGGUGCCUUCCGCGGCGCUUGCGUGGAAGGAGCGAAUGGUUAUGCUGACGGCGGAGGUUGCGCAGCUCCGCCGCGAGAUUGGAAAUUAG